CAUACUCCGAGCCCGAAGUUUCUCUGCGGAGUUCACUUGUCAAACUAAAAAUGCAUGAAGCAAGAAGCGAGGCGUACCCAGAGCUGACGAGUAUAAGCAAAGUUGAGCGUGGAUGACUGCCUUUGAUGUUCGUUCAUUGAACGAGGUAACUAACUUCAAGCCACAAAAUUCUCGAGGAAGAGCCAAACAGCGCUCAAUCAUAUCCUCAACAGUGAGCGGACAAUCGCAGUCGACCGUCGUUCACUGAAAUCGAAAUGUUUCCCUUUGCGAUUCCGUUAAUAUACGCGAUCCCUGUGGCAUGCCUUUUAUCGAUAUUGGCAUACUUGCGUACUAGACAACGGUCGCAGAAAAAGGUCGCCACAGCCUCGUCCGGAUACACCACGCCACGGUCAGCUCCCGAAACCAAGGACAAAAAGCCAGACUGGGAUUCGGUCGAUUUCUCAACUCUGAAACCUAUACCUGAUUUCGACUGGCGAAAGCAGGCCCCCACGCCUUACCGACCAUGGAACAAUGGGCCUUACCAUGUCACAAUGGGUGUGAAGAAGACCAGCUUGGACGAUUGGGUCGAGAUCGACAACCAAUACCUUGAUCGGUAUCGAUAUAAGCGAAUCCUGUUCGCCGAGCACCCCGAAGAAACGCUCGCAGCCCGACCUGGCAGUGAGGAAGCAUCAUUUGAAGCGCUGGAAUUGUUGGUCGAUCACCUAGUCCAUCGUUACCCCUCCAUGUUCGGGAAAGUGCCUGGAGGAAUUCGAAAUCUGGUCGUGAACGAAACAUGGGAUUUGCGCCGCGAUGCCGACACAUGGAAAUCUUAUCAUCCUCUGCAGGUGAUGGGACUGCUUACAACGGAGGAUUGGUUCAUCCUCCAAAAUGAAGAAGAUGGACAAACACGUCUCAAAGCUGGAGCCAACUGUUUCCCAGCUGGCUGGAAACUUCGGGAACGUAUGGGGCUUAGCCUGUGGCAGAUUCAUGCUGGUAAUGUGCCACAAUACGAGCAAAAUCUCGCCAAAUCCAUGGACCGAUUCUUCCUUCGUCUGCGGGUCGACUCACCUAUCAUGCGCUUCAACUAUGCAAUCGACAUCUCGCCCGAGCUUUUCCAUAUCAAUUCGCACCAUAACUUGAAACUCGAAGACUUGAAACACCCCUUGACCCUGGACCACCUGCACCUCCGCGUCGAAAGGCAGUUUCUCCAACGACUACCGAAAACACGAGGCAUUGUUUUCUCCAUCAGAACAUACAUCACUCCAAUCACGGAAGUCACCAAAGACAGAGAAGUGGCUGAGGCUUUGCAGACCAGUAUCAACAGUUACACGGAUGAGAUUGCGUCCUACAAAAACAAGCAUUUAUGGAAAGACGUUCUAGGCCCUCAUCUGCGUGAGGUGACAGCCAAGGAUAGUUGAUAUAGGUCAAACACCAAAACAAUGAUGUACUUUAUUUAGCGUUAUGAAAUGGGUAUCAGUCCAGUUUGAAGGUGUACAAAUUUUUUCUACUUUCAAGUCAGCAUGAUAUACAUGCC